AUGAAGAAAAUCGCCGACUUCCGGAUCUCGUGGACUCCGCAGCGCCAAUGGGACGCGUCACUCGAUCCAAAGCUCAACUUGAACCAAAGGAGGCGGUCGUCGCCAUCACGACGCCAAUUUCGGUCACGCUGUCUCCGAUCCUGCUGGUUGGGCCCUUUGGCACCGGGAAGACGUACACGCUGGCGCAGGCCAUCAAAAAGCUGCUGCUGCAGCCGGAGUCGAAUUCGGCCGCCGAUUUGUAUAUCAAGGACUACCUGCACCCGUGGGCUCGAGGGUGGUGGGGAGGAGGCCAAACCAUUGCGCGUUUACUAUUACAAGCGCUGGGUCGCCACCGUCAACAGCAUCGUCCAGAAGUACUGUCUGAUCGACCUGAACAUAAACGUGCGCAUCUUUCGGCGGCCAACCGUCGAAAACAUUCUCAAGUAUCGCAUCGUGGUUGUAUCGCUGGACAUUUCGAUGGAGCUGGCCUGGCUCGAUCUGCCCAAGGGACACUUUACACACAUCUUCCUGGACUGAGCGGCCCAGGCCAUGGAGUGCGAGGUGAUCAUGUCGUUGGUGCUGGUG